GCCACCUGGAUUACACGGUGAAGGUAGGAGGCAUCCACGUGCAUCACGCCUCCAAAAUGGCCGUCAGAGUCCCAGUGCGAGACAUCGUCAUCCACCAAGAUUACAGCACUUUCAAGAGGAUCGAGAACGACAUUGCGCUGGUUCUGCUCGAGUUCCCUGUGAACUACUCCACCCACAUCCAGCCGGUGUGCUUCCCCGAGAAGACUUUGAUGGUGCAAACGGACACCGACUGCUGGGUGACUGGAUGGGGAAAACUACAUGAAAAAGAUCCUAAGGAGGCAGCCCCCGAAUUGCUCCAGGAGGCUGAGCUAAAAAUCAUUCGCCAUGAGAAGUGUAAUGAGAUCUUCAAGGAAAAGUUGGGAACCAGGUUUGACGUAGUCAGGGAAGGGUGUGUCUGUGGUUACACUCUCGGAAAGGAUUCCUGCCAGGGAGAUUCUGGGGGCCCCCUGGUCUGUGAAUUUAAUAACACCUGGGUCCAGGUGGGGAUUGUGAGCUGGGGCAUCGGCUGUGGCCGCAAAGGAUAUCCUGGAGUUUACACAGAAGUUAGUUUCUUUAAGGACUGGGUCAUUGAUCAGAUGAAUCAGGCUUCUUCUCAAGACUCAGCAGUCCUCCCCACCCUGCCCCUGUGUCUGGUGCUGUCCCUGGGCGUCCUGGUGACCUUGUGACCACAGGCUUGCUCCCUCCUGUUUCUGAGUCUCCCUCGAGGCCUCUCCUCCCAUCUCCCUCUCCUCAGUGCCCUCCCCUCACAUUCCCGUUGGGACCCACUGGCUCUGUGGAGCCAUACAACAGAGAGUAGAAGUGAGACUGGAGUCCCCAAAGUGUC